AUGGAUGAAAAAGGUCCUCUCCUCUUCAACAGUGAUUAUGACUAUAUAAAGGUGAACGGAAGACCCCACGAGGGGGGCACGGAGCUUGCCCCUCUCAACAGCUACCCUUCGACCAUGGCCACGCAAGAAGAGGAGCCCCAAAGGGCCGCUUGGGACAAUAAGGUCCAGUUCAUGCUCAGCAUCAUUGGCUACUCGGUUGGACUCGGUAACAUCUGGAGGUUUCCUUACCUUUGUCAACAGAAUGGAGGAGGUGCAUUUCUCAUACCUUUUUUGAUAAUGCUUGUCCUGGAGGGUAUUCCACUUUUCCUAAUUGAACUUGGAAUAGGACAAAAGAUGCGCCUCGGUGCAGUUGGUGUCUGGAACACAAUCCAUCCAUGGCUAGGUGGCCUAGGUGUGGCUUCUUGUACAGUUACCUUUUUUGUAGCAUUGUACUAUAAUGUCAUAAUAACAUGGUGCUUUUAUUAUUUAUUUAAUUCAUUCCGAAGUCCACUGCCAUGGUCGUAUUGUCCUGAACGAUUUAACGAAACUGUCUCAGAGCCUGAACCAGAAUGCAUCAGGAGUUCUGAGACUGCAUAUUUCUGGUAUAGAGAUACACUAGAUGUAUCACCAUCCAUCGAUGAGACAGGAGGUCUCAAAUGGUGGAUUGUUUUGUGUCUCCUACUAGCUUGGGUGGUGGUAUUCUUCAUCGUGAUGAAGGGAAUACAGUCUUCUGGAAAGGUUGUGUAUUUCACUUCAAUGUUCCCUUACAUUGUUCUUACAAUAUUCUUUGUGAGAGGAAUAACACUUAAGGGUGCUGGAGCUGGCCUCGUGCAUAUGUACACUCCUAAGGUCGAGAAAUUACUCAAUCCCAAUGUUUGGUUGGAUGCUGCUACCCAAGUCUUUUACAGCUUUGGCUUAGCUUUUGGAUCUCUCAUUGCUUUUGGAAGCUAUAACCCACCCAAGAAUAAUUGUGUUAGAGAUGUCAUCCUAGUAUCUAUCACUAAUGCUAUCACAGCCAUCUAUGCCAGUCUAGUUGUGUUUGCCAUUCUUGGAUUUAAGGCCAUGUCUAACGUUGACAAAUGUAUGUACAAGAACAAGGUUACACUGAUGAACAAUAAACUAAUAUCAACUUUAGAGAUUUCUCAAGAGCUUUAUGAGAUCAAAAUCAAGGCAGCAAAUGCAUCUGGCCUCAUUUUUCCAGAAUGUAACCUUCAAAAACAGCUUGAUCAGGCAGCAGAAGGCACUGGCUUAGCUUUUAUCGUCUUCACCCAGGCCAUUGUUGAAUUGCCUGGUGCUCCUUUCUGGGCUGUCAUAUUCUUUAUGAUGCUCUUGUCACUAGGAAUUGGAUCUCAGAUUGGCAUUUUAGAAGGAAUGCUCUCUUGCAUCUUUGAUAUUGAUUUCUUUAAAAGAAUCAGGAAACCUUAUCUGACUGGUUUUGUUUGCACAAUAUGUUUCAUCGUAGGUCUCAUCUUUGCUUCUGGUGCUGGAGAAUACUGGCUCAAGCUUUUUGAUAGCUUUGCUGGAACAAUUGGACUCGUAAUGAUUGCACUAUUAGAAAUGUUAUCAGUGAUGUUCAUAUAUGGACAUGAAAAGUUCACUCAAGAUAUAGAAGACAUGACAGGUUAUAGACCUGGCCUGUACUGGCAAAUAACAUGGAGAUUUCUUGCCCCAGCUAUCAUGAGUUGCAUUCUAGUUUCUUCCGUAAUCUUCAGGAUCAUUAAUAAAUCAGUUUAUUCGGCCUGGGAUAAAGAUAAGGGUGAAACAGUGGAAAAGGAGUAUCCAAAUUGGGUAAUGGGAAUAGCUGUAGCUAUUAUAUCUUCAACUAUACUUCCUAUUUUUUUGGUCUUCCUCCUUAGAAGAUUCCAAGUUGUUAAACUUGAUGUUGACAUUCACCAAGGAGCAAUCAGAAGGAUAGACACUACAGUAUCAACAAAGGAGAUGAUCAGAGAUGUGGAUGUAGAUGAAUAUGACUCCCAAGAGGAGUUUGAGGAGGAAGAAGAUGAUAGGGGAGGAAAAUCUUUCAAAAUGGAAGUCAUGGAAUUUUAG